AUGUAGUUCAGUUUUUGUUUGGAACUUCUCAGUCUGUGUUCGGUGUCGUGUUGUUUCUUCAAUUUUUGUGUCCGCCGCAAAAGUUUCCUAAAUAUUUCUGGAAUUAUUUAAUUUUUUUAUUUUACAAUAAACGCACCCAUUCAAUUAUUCAUUUCAAUUAACUUCAGUGCUGCUACACAAUUGAGUUGAGCUAUUGUUUGUCCGUGUUUGAACUGGUUUUUGUUUUUGGUGUUAUUAAAUUUUUUUUAAUUGACAAACAUCAAUCGCAGCGGAGAGGCUUACAUACUUGCAAAUAAAGCAGCAGCAAAGAAGGGCAAGACAAUUUUCAAUUAAAUUGUCAUCACGUGAGCAUUACGUGAGCGUAUUGUGCAGAAAACAAAAAAAAAAAACAUAACUUUAAGUCUCAAACAAAACAUCUUCCAAAAAUAUUUGUUCAUUGUUUUUGUUGUUGUCACGCAGACAAUAUAUAUCUUAUCACAAAAAAAAAAAAACAGCAGUAAAAACAACAAAAAAAAAUAUCUAGAGCAUUUAGCCUAGUAAAUCAUUUUGAUAACAAGAAGACAAAUUUUAUUUGUUUAAAAUAUUGACAUAAUGAAUAAUUUGGAUGACACGCCUAUACCAGAUCCUGGUUCCAGUGGUGAUAAGCAGGAGAGCAAACAUUCUAGCGCUUUAAAGAAAACGAGUCGUUAUAGAAGCCGUUCCCUAUCUGCCAGUUCGACAGAUUCGUUCAGCUCUCAGUCGUACACGGGCAGUAGUUCCGAUGAUGGUGACGAACUGCCGCCACGUGAGAAAGUCCAAAAGAACACCAAAGGCAAUUCAGAUUUUUGCGUGCGCAACGUCGCUGCCCAGCACACGUUUGGUCGCAGGGAAAUCGAAAUUGCCGAACAGGAAAUGCCCGGCAUAAUGGCUUUGCGGAAGCGUGCGGCUGAGGAUAAACCGCUGAAGGAUGCAAAAAUCGUGGGCUGCACUCAUAUCAAUGCACAAACAGCUGUGCUCAUCGAAACACUUGUGCAGUUGGGGGCCAGAGUACGUUGGGCUGCUUGCAAUAUCUACUCGACACAAAAUGAAGUCGCCGCUGCCUUAGCAGAAUCGGACAUACCAAUUUUCGCAUGGCGUGGUGAAACCGAAGAAGAUUUCUGGUGGUGCAUUGAUCGUUGUGUGAAUGCUGAAAGUUGGCAACCAAAUAUGAUACUUGAUGACGGAGGUGAUGCUACCCAUUUGAUGCUUAAAAAAUAUCCAGCAAUGUUUAAACUUGUCAAGGGUAUUGUGGAGGAGAGUGUAACAGGUGUACAUCGUCUGUAUCAAUUGUCGAAAGCUGGCAAAUUGACUGUGCCUGCAAUGAAUGUGAAUGAUUCUGUAACAAAAACCAAAUUCGAUAAUCUUUAUAGUUGCAAAGAAUCUAUAUUGGACAGCUUAAAACGUUCAACCGAUGUUAUGUUUGGCGGCAAACAGGUUGUUGUAUGCGGGUACGGUGAUGUUGGCAAAGGUUGUGCACAAGCUUUAAAAGGACAAGGUUGUAUAGUGUAUAUAACAGAAAUCGAUCCAAUAUGUGCACUACAAGCAAGUAUGGAUGGUUUCCGUGUUGUGAAAUUGAAUGAAGUAAUACGUAAUGUGGAUAUUGUGGUCACAGCAACAGGCAAUAAAAAUGUAGUUGUACGUGAACAUAUGGAUAAAAUGAAGAGUGGCUGUAUUAUAUGCAAUAUGGGACAUUCAAAUACCGAAAUUGAUGUGAACGGUUUGCGUACACCCGACUUAACAUGGGAAAAAGUACGUUCACAAGUUGAUCAUAUUAUAUGGCCAGAAGGUAAGUAUAUUAUUUUACUGGCUGAGGGACGUUUGGUCAAUUUGUCGUGCUCCAGCAUACCAUCAUUUGCUGUGUCAAUUACUUCCGCUACACAAGCUUUAGCUUUAAUAGAACUUUUCAAUGCACCUCCUGGCCGUUACAAAUCAGACGUUUAUUUGUUACCGAAAAAAAUGGAUGAGUAUGUGGCAAGCUUACAUUUGCCCACAUUUGACGCACACUUAACUGAGCUCAGUGACGAGCAGGCAAAAUAUAUGGGCCUUAAUAAAGCAGGUCCUUUUAAGCCCAACUAUUAUAGAUACUAAGCGGUAGAUGUGUGCGUAUACUGCCAACGAAAGUAUUGCUAAUGCUUCAGUGACGAAGAAAAGCUACAAUAAUUAUUUAUAAAAGGUAUAAAAAAUAUAUAUUUAAAAACAAAAACAAAAAAAAAAUAUAUUAAAAACAAAACACGAACACAAAAAACCUAAAUGUUGUAUAUGUUUAGUUGAUAUAAGUUAGAAAUGUUGAAGGAUAUGACAAAUUGUGACCAAUCAAUUUGUGAGGUUUAAGUUACUAUGAAAAAGAAUAUGAAACUUUAUGUGAGAAGAAUGUAGAAAAUGUUUUACACAAACAAAAAAAAAACAAAAAAACAAACACUUAUCAAAAUUAUUAAAUAACAAUGAAUCCGUAUCUUUGCCGUUAAUAGAAUUUAUUUUUUACAUGUUUCUUGAUAUGUUUUAUAUAUACGCCUAUUUAUGUUAAAAGUGGGUUUCUGGUUUCAAGUAUAUUAUAGCUUAUCAUUUGCUUCUAAUCUAAAUUUUGAUUUUUAGAUAGUUACAGUUUUAUAUAUAAAGUAGCGUUAAAAAUAAUAUUCGAACUAUUAUUUGAUUAUACUUGAGCUCAAAGGUUAAGUUUUAAAUAUCGUGACGUUCGAUUAAGCUUGAGCUAUUGGUUCAAUAAAACACUUCAAGAUUCCGAACAUCACUGAACACUCUAAAAGUUAAAAUAAUUUGAAAAAUUUAAAAGUUAUAUUUAAGACUUCUAAUGUUCGAAUAACUC